AACUAAUCAAGCAGUGGAUAUCCCCGUUCCUCUUAUCAUUGUUAUUUCCUUUUUUUUUUUUUCCCACGGGCAGCCCCUUUUCCUACAAGGACAUAAUCGUCACUUGAUAAUUUCGCUCGCAUGUCUGACUGAAAAUGACCCAUUAUCUAUUCAUCUCGAAUUCUUCAGUUAGCACCCACUGCUGAGUGCUGAUCUUCCUUCACCCGUUCAGUCAUGGCGGCCUCUCUUCGCUCAAACGUCAACUUCGUCGCCGCCCCCCAUUCUUCAAUCAUCCGACCAAAUAGCAGUCGGAGCCACACAUCCAUACGCUGCGGACCACGGGACAAUCGUGGUCCGAUAACCAGAGGCCGCGUAUUAAGCACAGAAGCAAUCCAAGCCGUUCAAGCCCUCAAACGAGCCCACAGAGCUAACCCCACAAAUCUCAACGACAGCACCCAUCUCUCCCAAACCCUCUCUCGCCUGAUUAAAGCCGACCUCAUUGCAGCCUUCAAAGAGCUCCUCCGCCAGGACCACAGCGAAAUUGCUCUCAAAGUCUUCUCAGCCGUCCGAUCGGAAUACAAUCUGGAAUUGGGUCUCUACGCUGAGUUGGUCACAGCUUUGGGCAAGAAAGGUUUGACGGAGGAAAUCGAGGGAGUGGUCUGGGAAUUGGAAAGACGGGGUAGAAUCCAGUGUGAUGAUAAGGGGCUGGCGAGGUUGGUUAGAGCGUUGAUAGCCGCUGAUUGUGGGGGAUCAACGGCCAGGAUAUAUGGGUUGAUGAAGAGGAGUGGAUGGGGGUCCAGUUUUGAGGUGGAUGAGUAUUUGGCAAAGGUGUUGAGCAAAGGAUUGAGGAGAUUUGGAGAGGAGGGCUUGGCUAACGAGGUUGAUGCGGAAUUGAGGAGGUCUUAUGAAGGUGUUUUGGAGAAAGCAAGAAGUUAACCCAACCUCUUUUAGUGUACUGAUGCUAGACUGAUUCCGUAAUUUAGCAAUACUUGAUUUAUAAUGGAAUCAUGAUUUUGUUUUCUGCUUUUAUUGCCCUUUAUGGCCAUUACCGAUAGAAUGUUCCACGUAACACCUAAAAUGCACUGCUGUAAUUUUAGUGGUUAGAUAUGUAUGAAGCAGCCUCAGAUUCUACCUUUUUCUA